AUAGAUGUGAAAUAGUAUAUACACCUAAGAGGCGAAGAAACAGACCUAGAAUCCAGGUAGCGGGCUGCGACUGCGCGCAUAUACAAGGCGAGUGUCUUGCUGCUGUUCUUGUGGCUUCGGCUCUGGCUGUCGAAGCCUGUUGAUUCACGAGGAACUACAGCAGCUGGACAUACCGAGAGACGGGAUCAAUCAUGAGAAAGACACCAAUCCUGGUUGCGGCCCUUGCUGGCUGCGGCGCUGCGGACGAUGUCUUGUAUAGCAGCCGCCUGCUCAAGCGGGCGAUUGACGACCAAGGGCACUUCAACAUGUCCUUCUUCCACGUCAACGACAUCCACGCCCACCUCGACCAGUUCGUCAAGGCGGGCACCGACUGCCUUGAUCCCUCCAAGGGCUGCUUCGGCGGCUACGCUCGCAUCAAGACCAAAGUCAGCGAGCUGCGAUCCGCCCACCCGGACCAUCUGUGGUUCAGCGCCGGCGACGAGUUCCAGGGCACGCUCUUCUACUCCUUCUACGGCGGGGAGAAGAUUGCCGAGGCGAUGAACGAGCUCCAAUUUGACGCCAUGACGCUGGGGAACCAUGAGUGGGAUGGCGGAGACGAGAAGCUGGGUGUCUUUUUGAAGAACCUGACGUUUCCCAUCGUGUCGUGCAAUGUGAAGAGCGGGUAUCCCGAUCUCAGGGACACGAUCAAGAACUACCACGUCUUUGAGGAGUACGGGCUCGCCAUCAUCGGGGCUUCGACGCCGACGACGCCCACGAUAUCCCACGUUGGGCCGUUGACGACGUUUCUCGAUCCCGCAGAGGAGGUUCAAAAGGCAAUCUGGGAGAUUCGCAACACGACAGACAUCCGACGCAUCGUGGCCCUGACGCACAUUGGCUACGACGUCGACGAGCAGCUCGCCGCCCAGACGGAGGGCCUCUCCCUCAUCAUCGGCGGCCACAGCCACACUUUGCUGGGCGACAUGGACGGCGCGCAGGGCAAGUAUCCGACCAUUGUGCGGGACCUGGCCGGCAACGAGGUGUUUAUCGUGACGAGCUACCGCUGGGGAGAGUAUCUAGGCGAGAUCUCGCUCACAUUUGACGACGACGGCAAGGCUCUUGCGUAUCGCGGUGCGCCCAUCCACAUGGACAAUACGACGGAGCUGGAGCCGCAUCUCCAGGCAGAGGUUACGGCGUGGAGGAAACCCUUUGACGACUUUGCCAACGAAGUGAUUGGUACGACGGAGAACACCCUUGAUCAGACGGCCUGUCAGAGUGGCGACUGUCUGCUGGGCGAGGUCAUGGCCGAUGCUGCAUUCGAGUAUGCGUACAACCUCACUGCGGACGCUCCCGAGGACCACCAGAGGCCCGUCUUUGCGCUCAUCAACGCGGGAGGUGUCCGGGCGACGAUUGACGCGGGCAACAUCACGCGCGGCCAAGUCAUUACUUCGUUCCCCUUUGGCAACGCCGUGACGAUGCUCAACUACUCUGGCGAAGACUUGCUCAAGAUCCUCGAGGGGUGCGUCUCGCGCGUGAACCAGUUUACGAACCAGAAGCUGUCUUCGUGGGUCCAGGUGUCUCGUGAUCUGCGCGUUCGAUACAAUCCCUCGAAUCCGCCUGGGUAUAUGCUUGUAGACGCCAAGAUCUCGGGACAUGGCAUUGAUCCUGAGAAGCAGUAUGUCAUUGUUACGGUGGAUUUCGUUGCGGGAGGAGGCGAUAACAUUUUACCAAAGAGGGAUGAUUUCGUCGUGCUGGAUACACUGGACGAGGUGCUCGUCGAGUAUAUCCAGGCCAAAACGCCGUUGAAGAAUGCGUUGGAGAAGAGGGUUGUCAAGGUUGGCAAGUGCACCAACAAGAUGCAAAAGGUGUUUUCAGCUUGAUUCCUCUGUGAGUCGUUUUGCAUGAAACAGCGGCAGAUAGA